AUGGCAGGCUAUUUGCCCCCCAAAGGCUACGCGCCUUCACCUCCUCCUCCCUACCCUGUGACCACCGGAUACCCGGAGCCGGCGCUGCAUCCUGGGCCCGGGCAGGCGCCGGUGCCCGCCCAGAUGCCAGUGCCUGCCCAAGUGCCCAGCCCCGCGCCAGGCUUCGCUCUCUUCCCCUCGUCCGGCCCCGUGGCCCCGGGGUCUCCUGCCCCCUUCUUGCCACUGCCAGGGGUGCCUUCUGGCCUCGAAUUCCUGGUGCAGAUUGACCAGAUCUUGAUUCACCAGAAGGUUGAGCGAGUGGAAGGGUUCCUAGGCUGGGAAACCUGUAACCACUACGAACUGCGCUCGGGGGCAGGGCAGCCCCUGGGCCAGGCGGCCGAGGAGAGCAACUGCUGCGCCCGCCUGUGCUGUGGUGCCCGCCGGCCGCUGCGCGUCCGCCUGGUGGACCCUGGGGACCGCGAAGUGCUGCGCCUGCUGCGCCCACUCCACUGUGGCUGCAGCUGCUGCCCCUGCGGCCUCCAGGAGAUGGAAGUACAGGCUCCACCGGGCACCACCAUUGGCCAUGUGCUACAGACCUGGCAUCCCUUCCUCCCCAAGUUCUCCAUCCAGGAUGCUGAUCGCCAGACUGUCCUCCGAGUGGUGGGGCCCUGCUGGACCUGUGGCUGUGGCACAGACACCAACUUUGAGGUGAAGACCCGGGAUGAGUCCCGCAGUGUGGGCCGCAUCAGCAAGCAGUGGGGGGGCCUGCUCCGAGAGACUCUCACGGAUGCAGAUGACUUUGGCCUGCAGUUCCCGAUGGAUCUGGACGUGAAGGUGAAGGCUGUGCUACUGGGAGCCACGUUCCUCAUUGACUACAUGUUCUUUGAGAAGCAAGGAGGCACCGGGCCCUCUGCCAUCACCAGCUAGAGGCUGCUUCAGGGGCCUCUGCUCCAGAAAAGGCCUUUGGAACCCAGGACUUUGGAGUGUUAUGACAGAGCUGGGAUGGAAGAGGGUAAACAGCACCAAAGAAUAGCGGAC